UUUGAAAGUUUGAAUGCUGUGAUUAAUGCUCCAUCCGAGACACACUUCCCAACGACGUCCAUCCCCAACUUCCAUGGCGGAAAAGUGGAACAUCUGUCCUCUGACGCCUCCCUGCAAUCACCUUCCGUCCAGGUUUAUGCCAUUACAGCAGCCCUUCUUCCCUUCUCAGAUCUCUCUUCCUAAAAGAUCCAACUUUUUCCAAUAUUCCACAAGCUGCUGCUCCAUCCAUGGCUUCCUCCUCUUGCCUCGAUCUCAGUCUCGUCCUGGUUCCCAAGAUCGAGCCCAAAGAAGAGCCAAUCGAAACAGACCUCCUCAUCUCUCCAAUCCGAAGAAAACUCGACUCUUGUACUGCUUUUUGUUCCCGGAUUGACUCCUCGGUUACUAACAAGGAUGCUCUUUUUUCCGAGUAUCAUCUCCUCGAUCGACAUUUUCAGACAGCUGAGAAGCUCCCCGGUUCCAUCUUCACUGACUUACCCUAUCCACAGUUUACGACAGCUUCUUCCACCAUGGUCGUCAGGAAGAAGAGAAAAGCUCGAUCUUCCGAAAUGGUGAGGAUCUCCUUUCUCAGCGAUCAGGAUCACAUUUGCUUCCGGCACCUUGUGCGCCGGGCACGGAUCACCUUUGAGUCUCUUAGGGUUUGCCUUAUCCGGGACGAUGAGAGGGGGGAGAAUUUAGAGGUCCUCAGGAGGCGUAACCGGACCGACAUAAAGGCUGCGGUAUUCAUGGCUGAUCGCGGCCUUUGGCUCAAUCGCGACAAGCGGAUCAUCGGCUCGAUCCCUGGAAUCUUCGUCGGAGAUGUCUUCUUCUUCAGGAUGGAGCUCUACAUUAUUGGCCUGCACGGCCAGGUCCAGGCCGGGAUCGACUACGUACCAGCGAGGCGGAGCAGCUGCGGGGAGCCCAUUGCUACCAGCAUUAUCGUUUCAGGUGGCUAUGAGGAUGAUGAAGAUAAUGGGGACGUGCUUAUAUACACCGGCCAUGGCGGAAGGCACAAAAAUCUACACAAGAUGUGCGAUCAACAGAAGCUGGAGGGAGGGAACUUGGCCCUCGAGAGAAGCAUGAAGUAUGGGAUUGAGAUCAGAGUGAUUCGUCGAGCGAAGAUUGAUCACAGCCCUACGGGUAGGGUUUAUGUCUACGAUGGCCUUUAUAAAAUUGUUGAUUGUUGGCUAGAUGUUGGAAAGUCUGGUUAUGGAGUCUACAAAUACAAGCUUUUGAGAAUAGAGGGCCAAGAAGAGAUGGGAAGUGCAACACUGAAGCUGGCAGAAAGCUUGAAAUCCAAUUCAACGGAAGUAAGGAAGACUGGUUUCUUCUGCAAUGACUUCUCAGAAGGGAGGGAGAGCUUCCCUGUUUCCUUCUUCAAUGACCUUGAUGAUAAUCGGGAUCCUCUACAUUUUGAUUAUCUUGCCCGUCCAAUCUACCCUCCGGCUUUCCAGGAAAAGUUUCAUGGUGAAUGCAGAGGUGGAUGCCAAUGUGGUACAAAUUGUUCAUCGUAUUGCAUCUGUGCAACCCUAAAUGGGGGUGAAUUUGCUUAUGAUUCAAGUGGAAUUCUUCUAAGAGGGAAACCAAUGAUAUAUGAGUGUGGCAUUGCUUGCAGGUGCCCACUGAGUUGUCCGAACCGAGUGAGCCAGAAGGGAAUUCAACACCGAUUGGAAGUCUUCCGGUCGAACGAAACAGGCUGGGGCGUUCGAUCCUGGGAUUUGAUUCGAGCUGGGACUUUCAUUUGUGAAUUUAGUGGAAUAGUGCUUACAAAGCAGCAAACGGAACUGCUUUCCAUGGCUGGUGAAAGUUUGGUUUAUCCCAAUCGUUUUCCUGAAAGAUGGGUGGAAUGGGGAGAUAUAUCUGAUGUUUUUCCAGAUUUUAUUCCUCCAAAAUAUCCUUGUUUGUCAGAAUUGAGCUUCUCCCUUGAUGUUUCAAGAGCUAGGAAUGUGGCCUCUUAUUUUUGUCACAGUUGUUGCCCGAAUGCUUUUGUGCAGUUCGUUUUAUAUGAUCACUAUAAUCUGUUGUAUCCUCAUCUAAUGAUAUUUGCCAUGGAGAAUAUACCUCCUCUGAGAGAGCUGAGCAUAGAUUAUGGGGAAUUAGAUGAAUGGUUGGGGAAGAUGAUAGCGUAGCUCUCUCUAUGGACGUGCUACUUCAGCUGUAUGCAAAUUUCCUUGUAACGAGCUACUUUUGGUGACCGUUCUUCAACUGGUGUAUAAUAACCUUUUGCAUCAUGGUAAAAGAUGAAAGUUUUGAACUAGAAGGCAUGGUAAGAUGAGUUCUUCUAAAUUUUGGCACAAAAUCAUCCCAUCGUGUGCACAUUCUGUGUAGAAUCAUGUGUAUAGGUAUGUAAUAUACCUGUUUUUAGCAUAUAAUUAGAUGCACAUUUUGUACAUAUUUGUUUUUUUAUAUCGCAUCCUUCUCUGAAAUUCCUAUGGGUUAGUUUGGCUAUGAUUGUCUUAUAGUUAGACCAAUAAGCUGAUAAAUUUUCAAAGUUGCAAGCUUACGGAGUACUAGAAAUCUUAACUGGCACUUAAUCAAAUCGAUCAUGUAAUAUGUAUGUCUUAAAGUGUAGUUACUAUUUACACUAGUCAAUUUUUUUUGAG